AUGGCACCCAGAGAGAAAUAUUCCGAUCCUCAGCUGCGCGAUGAAGUGAAAGAGGAAAUUCACGCCGGCGACAAGGGGGGCAAGCCCGGUCAAUGGUCCGCGCGCAAGGCGCAAAUGAUGGCAUCGGAGUAUAAGAAGCGCGGCGAUGGCUACAACACCAACAAAAAAGAACAGGACUCUUCCCAGAAACAUCUCGACCAGUGGACGAAGGAAGAUUGGCAGACGAAAGAGGGUUCCGGCACUGCAAGAAAGGGUGAUGAUUCGAGGAAACGAUAUCUGCCCAAGAAAGCGUGGGAGCAGAUGAGCGAUAAGCAGAAAGAAGAGACCGAAGAGAAGAAGGUGAAAGCGUCGAAGAAGGGAAAACAGUAUGUUGGGAACACGAAGCGGGCGAAGGAGGCGAGGAAGGAUGCUAGUGAGGGUGAUCAGCCCAGGCACAAUACGCGAAGCAGCGAUGGACAAUCAGAGAAGCCAGUUGGGAGCGACCAUGGCCUCGAUACCGGUGACUCGGCUGAGGAGCUCGUAAAGGGCGACGACCAGGACCAGCGAGAUGGUCAGCGACUGGCUGGCACCAAACGCCGCGCGAAGCAGUCCAAUGCGUCCGUGAAGAAGCAGAAGGAUGAUCUCCAGAAGACCGCGGAAGAAGAUGGCGAGAGUGACGAGGAGGAGUAUGAAGAAGAACAGGGCGAGGAUGAAGAAGACGAAUAA